AUGCUGCGACGACAACGGCCGUGGACCCCCCUUUUUUCUUUUUUUUCUUUUUUUUCUUUUUUUUUCUUUUCUCCCUCUCUAUAUCUAUUUUAUUCUCUAUUUGUAUUUCGUUUAACUCUGGGGGUCUUCUUUUUCUUUUCUUUUCUUUUUUCAACUUUCAUUUCUCCCUGCACUGAGGCAAAACUCCCGCUUGGGUCUCGUUCUGUUUUUACAACCAAAACACGGGCGAUUCAACAGCCUCUAGGCGAGGAUUUUGUUCGUGCAAAAUAUAUUUCCCUGUCGUCCUUUAUACUAUCUUCUGUACGGGCUUUCUUCGGAUGUAUAAUUUUUCUUUCCCUCCUUUUCUUUCUUCACAUUAACAGGAUGUCCUCUUCGCUUUUCCUCAGAAUACUAAACGAGAAAACAUGCUCGACCUGGCCUUCAGUCUUCCACGGCACUUGGUUCUUGGUGGACAGUACUUCAACUUACUGCCACCUCUCCAUUUUCAACCCUCGAGAUUAAGGUGUAAAUUUUUGAGUAUUGUUUUCUUUUCGGGAAUAUGUCGCCGGGUUAAACGGAGGAGAAUUAAGGACGACAGGGGAGCAGGCCAGAGCUGUGUAGAUAUCAUUACAGGGAGUUACUGUGUCAGUUUGCAAGGAGGAUGUGUAUA